GUGUAAAAGGAGUGAUGUGGCUAAACGAACUGCGAGAAAAAUCAUGAAAAAGUUAAGUUUUGCUAGUUUUGUACAUAGUUUCUGUUUAAUUUUAGUGUUAAUAGUUACUGGAAGUCGGGCUAAAGUAUGCGGGGAUCCGGAAUGCAAAACUCCAAUUGCCAGGGCAUAUGCCACGAUUAAUUACUUUGGUGGCGGUGGUCAGAAAGUUACUGUCGCUAAAAACGACAAAGUGGAAAUUUUAGGACGAGAUAUCGGCAAGGAAAGGGACCUACUCAUCCGAAAGGCGGAUGGCAAGGAGGGUUUAGUUAGUCGCUCAUUUGUGCAAGAAAUAAAAAUUCUUGUAAAGAAGGAUAAUUUGGUUGUGGUUCCUGAAGACGUUCCCACAUCAAUAACUCCUUCAAAAACAGCCGAUUCGAAUGUUGUAGCAGGAACUACUCUUAAUACUGCAGACAUUUUGGAACAAUCGAACGUUGAUCAACCGUUGUUAUCAGUGAAGGCAGCCACUCCAGAUUUAGAGACUGUUCCCUCAGGGCAAGCUACCUCACAGCAGUCGAAUAGUAUUCCACCGAAAGCUGAUGAAGCGAACAGUAUUGAUGCGGUAGAAACGAAAUCAAACGAGACGGAAGUUCUAGAUAACGUGGAAGAUGCCCAAGCUGAAGAAGAGGACGAAGAUGAAGAAGAAGAAGAGGAUGAUGAAGAGGAAGAAAUAGAUUCUGCAUCCGAUUCUGCCGAGCAAAAAAAAGAACCAACAGUUCAAGAAGAAGCUAAUUUAGAUACGUUAAAUAAGACAGACGAAGUUUUGGAUAAGGCAGAAGAAAGCAUAGUUGUAUCCACAGAGCAACCAGAGACAACGACAGAAAAUUCUAUUGCCAACGAAAAUGAACCAGUUGUUUCAAAACCAUCGGAUACUACAACUGCUAUUCCUGCAAUUGAAACAACAAAAGCGGAACCCGCAGAGCAUAGUAUCAAUACAGUGGAAGAAAUAACCGCAAGGAGCGAUAUAAAUGAAGCGGUUGACGCUUCCAAAGAACGUGAUGAUACUGUUAUCGAGCAGAAUGACGCGUUGCACGAAGAAUCGGAUUCUCUUAAUGGUGAUACAGCUGUCCAGCCGACAACUGAACAUCAAACCGAUUCAGAGAGCAAUGACGACACAAUUAUUGUGUCGACGGUGGAUCCUCGUUUGGAAAUUCCUGUAACCGAAGAACCGGAAAUAGUUACGGAACCAUCAACGUUUGCCAGUACAAAUCAAAAUGUAAUUGAGCAAUCUGCGCCACAGGUAGUGGAUUUACCGAAACAACCUCAUCAGCUUCUUCGUGGAGGUCUUGGAAAUUUACUAGCCCAUUCGCAUCAUCAUCACCACCAUCAUGGGCAUGAUCAUCAUCACCACCAUGGUCAUGAUAAUCAACAUCAUCACCAUGAUCAUGGUCAUGUUAAUCACCACCAUGCAGACAGUGAUAAUGAAGGACUGGCGGAAACUUCCGACAAGCCAUUCAUUGGAGGAUUUGGUGGUGAAUCGCAAGAUCAAAAAAUUGAAAUUCCUGAGCCGAGUUCGGAAGAAAAUUCUAAUUUACUGCAACAGGAUGAUGUUGCUGAUAAUACUGGAUACUGCGAUAAACAGUCUUGUCCUCAACCAGCGGAGCCGGUGUCUCAUCAACAGCAUGCUAAUGGAUUCCAUCAUCCUACCGUGAGCAUUCCUGCAAUCAAAACCCAGCAGGAACAGCCGGCCGUGGAUGAGGAGAACGCUAUUCCUCCAGCACUUCCGGAGGAUUCAGCCGAGAAAGAGGAAGAUAUAAAUAUAACGAAAAUGCUAAUGGUUGAGCUGUUCAAAAUGAGUGAUUUGAUUCUACUUCUGGGAAUUACUUCAUUCACACUGAUAGUGUUUUCCUUGGGACACUAUCUGAUCAAUAAAAACCGAAAGGAAAAGCCACUCAUUUAUAAGCUUAAUAUGAUUGAGCGCGAUUUAAUGGCUUCCCACAAGGAGAAUGCGAUGCUAAAAAGCGACCUAGUGGAAACCAAACACAAAUUAACCAGCAUAGAAAAUAGCUCGUUCGGUUCGAAUGAUAUGGUAAUCGCACUUCGAGAAGAACUAAGCGAUGCAGAGCAGACGAAACUUGAGUUGCAGGAACAGAUCGCUUCGUUGGAAAAAGAGCUGGAAGCUGCUGCCGAGGCCGGAUUGGAACUGAACAAGAUGGUUGCCGAGCUGUUGAAUCAGAGUGGCAGCGAAACUAUUGCGCUGACCGUAGAUGAUUUGCAGCGACAGUUGAACGAACAGCAACAGACUAUUCUUUCCAUGAAUACCACCCUUGCCGAUAAGAGUCGAGAAAACAGCGAACUGCAGAUCACGUUGGCUGCUCAGUCGGCGAAAUUUAGCCAAGAUUUGGAAGAGUUGCAACAGUCUUUUAAUGAUUUGAAACUGGAGAAAAGUAAUUUAGAAAUUGAGUUAAAUCAUAUGAAGAGUGGUCAAAAUUCCGAAUUGGAUACGUUGAGAAAGGAAACGAAUGCCGAGAUUGGUAAGUUGAAUAAGGAGGUGAAGGUAUUCCAAGCCAAGUGGGAGGAGAGCAAGAAGUCACUUGGAUCAGCUGAGGCGAAAGUAGAUGCUUUGGAAGAAUGUCUGAAGGAAAUCAAGCGAGGUAAUAGCAAUGGAACCGUUGAUGGUUUGAUUGAUUCCGUGGAAUUAAAGGCACAGGUUGCCGUUCUAAAAAAGGAAAAGUUGGAUCUACAGGAAAGAUUACAAGGCGAAACUGUGGCUCGGCAAUUGUUAGAUGAUCAUGUUAAAAUAAUUAAUGAAGAAAUUUCUGCACUGAAGAAGGAUUACGGUCAAGCCGAAAAGGACAAACUCGAAGCUGAAACUCGGCUGGAAGUGCUGUCGUCCUACUUUAAAGAUAAGGAAACUCAACUACAAAAAGAGCUGAGUAUCAAAGAAGCUAUGUGGAUGCAACAGCAGGGCGAAACAACAAGCACUGUCGAACGAAUAAGGCUGAUGCAGGAUGAGAUUCAGCAAUUGAAGUCACAAAAUGAUAAACUUCGAGCCGAAAUAGAGGCCCAAGCCACUGCCCAUAAAGCUCAGUAUACAGCGUUAGAAACACGAUCUCACGAUGCGUGGCUUGCCGCACGACAAGCUGAACGUCGUCUCGAAGAAGCUCGCAAUGAAUCCAGCGCAUUGCGACGCAAGCUAACCGCACUUGGGGAUGCUUCCGUCAUCAAUACGAGUAACACAGAUGGCCUAAUACCGAACCCAGUUCCCUCAACUGACCUAAACCUCACAGCUCCAUCUCCGAUUCGAGUGGAAUCUCCAAAUGCGCCUAUGAUGGGUCUUCCACCUCCACCAUUUAUGCCACCCCCUUUCGGACCCCCAUUCAUGCCUCCUUUUAUGCCCCCUCCGGGUCCAGGAGAGCUACGUCCUGCUCCGCUAGGUCGACUUACAUCCCCACCCCCCAAUCGGUAUAGUCCAAAUGUAAUCGAAAGUCGUGACCGCUAUAGCCCAGAUCGUGGUCGAUACUCGCCGGACAGCCGGUACGAUUACUCGGUGAUGUCCAAUUAUGAAACGGAAACCGAUUUUAGUCCACCUCCCUCACCUCCACCGUACAUGCGGCGUUCGAGCUAUGAGCGUGAUCGAGAUGCUUGGUCAAAUAGGGAGCGAGAUCGGGAACGGGAAAGAGGCCGAGAUCGGGAUCGGGAUCGGGAUCGGGACCAUGACUUACCUGAUCGCGAUCGCGACGUUAGAGAACGCGAUGGCCGCACCAGCGGCAGCGGAGGAGCUGGUGGAAAAUACCCUAAAGCAUUCUCGCCACCCGGAAUGAGGACAACCUCGCCACCAAUUCAGGAUCCUAGGAACAAAAAAUACCAAGGCGGUUUCAGUUCCGGCUCACAGGACUCGAUAGCAACGCGGAAAGGCGGCAAACAAUUUAAAAACCCAAACAGUAAACCUUCAUCCUAAAUGUUAACAUAAACGUAGCUGUAGUGUUUUACUGAUUGAUGGAAAAAGCUCCGUUUUCUGUUUGAAUCAAAUAAUAGUGCAAUUUAACCGAAUCAAGUGACGUUUUAUACUUGUUGUGAAACUAAACUCAUUUAAUUACAGAAUAGCAUUUCGUUAACUUCAACAAUUAGUUCUCUAGUAACCACAGGUAAUUAUCCUGAAUUGACAUGAAUUUAUUUACAUGGGACGUCUGUACAAAUAGUGGACAUUCUAGUGAUUAUUGGCAAAACGUGAAUGAUUGGGAACAUUACACAUUAUGUGACUCAAUUUGUUUUCAAAUAUAAAUAAAAUAUUUACGCAGUA